GACCAUAGAGUGACGCGUAUCGUGACUCACAGUGUACGUCGAGAAGUUCUGAUCUGUUCUAGUUUUCAUCCGUGUUUCGAGUUUUCGUUUGCUGUUGUUUGACUCUAGGUGCAAAUAAUUAAAGAUGUCUUCUCGCAAAACUGCCGGUCGUCGCGCUACCACGAAGAAACGCGCUCAGCGCGCGACGUCAAAUGUUUUUGCGAUGUUUGACCAGGCGCAAAUCGCGGAAUUCAAAGAGGCUUUUAAUAUGAUUGACCAAAAUCAUGACGGAUUUAUUGAUAAGGAAGAUUUGCAUGAUAUGCUUGCUUCCUUGGGUAAAAACCCUACCGAUGAAUACUUAGAAGCAAUGAUGAACGAAGCACCUGGACCUAUAAACUUUACAAUGUUUCUAACAUUGUUCGGAGAGAGACUGCAAGGGACUGACCCUGAGGAUGUGAUUAAAAAUGCUUUUGGUUGUUUCGAUGAAGAAAAUACCGGUCAUAUAAAUGAGGAACGUCUCCGCGAGUUACUCACGACAAUGGGUGAUAGAUUCACGGAUGACGAUGUAGAUGAAAUGUAUCGCGAGGCACCAAUCAAAGGUUCUAUGUUUGACUACUUGGAAUUCACUCGAAUCCUGAAGCACGGUGCGAAAGACAAAGACGAGCAGUAGUGAGCAAAUGCAAAUUUACCUAAAAAGAUCAAUCGCGUAUCCCGACAUGGAACCGUAGAUAAUAUUUAAAGUUUUCCCGUGCCUCUCGCACUUCUAAAUUCGGCACAUAUAUAUCCACGAUUUAUUAUUAGUAAAUAAUUUAUAAUACUAAGAAAAAUUAUACAAUAUACGCAGGAUAAUUUUGAUCCACAAUAUAUAAAAAUUUACAUCAUUAGAUCUUGUUUCGAAACAUUCACAUUUCUACUACAAAACUCAAUGUUAAAAAACGCGAGGUGCGUCGUUUAAAAAGAUCUUUUCUAAGUAUUUGCUGUCAGCUAUUAAAACUUUUUGAGCAACUGCUGUGUACAGUCGGUGAAAGUUACACAUGUAAGAUAUUUAUAUAUACAUAAAACGAACAUGUAUCUGUUGUAGAUUCUCAGCAUUUAUAUUUUAAUAUAAUAUUCUAUUGCGUACGAAAUUCA